AAAUUAUAGUAUCCGCCUCGGUCACCCCAUUAUUGCACAACCCAAUCCAAAUCACCGAAAACCGCAAAAUGACUGUGACUGCGACCACCGCCCAAGAGCAGCAACUGAAGCCGGUGAACUCUAUGCUUACAACACCCACCAGUAAUUUAAAGAACAACCCACCAAAGCAAAAGCAAGAAUGUACGGAUCAAAAAGAGAUUCAGAUCGCUGUGGUUGGAGACCUGAACAAGCAGAAGGAAAAUCAUGUCGUGACAAAGUUGGAAUCACUAGAUGCGUCGCUGGCGGAGGAGCUCGCCGCCGUAAGAAAAAAGCUUGAAAGAUUGAGACUGGACAAAGAGAAAACAGAGAAGCUGUUGAAUCAAAGAGACACGAUGCUGGAUAUGCAAAUGAAAGAUAUUCAAUACAGAGGGAUAAAUCAGAAGAUGCUGGAGCUUGAAGUUGAUAGAUUAUACAGAUUAAAGGAACUCAAGUCUUAUAGUUUUAGAAUGUCAUCGAUACGAUCUAUGAGAGAGAAGGAACAAGAACAGAGGAUUACCCAACAUCUGGAUGGGGAAGUUGAUGAAGAAUCUGUAGGUGAGAACAAUUUGCAGAGUGCUAGAGUCCAUGCUCGAGCCCCAUAGAAGAAAUUUACAGAGAAAAUGUGAUAAAUAAAUAAAUAAUGUUUUUCUUUUACAAUCUUUGUUUGAAUUCCAAUUGGAGAAGACAGUAUUAUAAUAUCUCAUUGCGGCAGUGGUUGAAAUGUGAAA